AUGGCCAACACCACCACCACCACCUUGAGCUCCAGCAUUCUGCAGGAGAGUUGGCAAUGGGUCAAGUUCAACCCUUGGCUCGCGAUCAUCGCCGUGACUAUCACGAAUCUUGUCCUCACGAGAUAUCGCUCAGGACUUCGCCGAAUACCGGGGCCUUUCACGGCUAGCUUCUCCAAUUUCUGGAAGUUGCGGGCAGUAUGGAACGCGAACAUGCACAGGGAGAACGUGCGAGUGCACGAGGACUAUGGACCCAUCGUCAGAAUCGGACCCAACCACGUCUCGGUGUCCGACCCUGAAAGCGUGAGGGCCAUCUACGGGGUGCAGAAUGUUUUCCCCAAGUCGGCGUUCUAUCCCCUAGCCGAGGCUAUCUAUCGCGGCAAGUUCCUUCCCACGCUCUUCACGACGGAGAGCAAUCAAUAUCACAUAAAGCUUAAGAGAGGGGCCAUGAAGGCCUUCUCGAUGGAUGUCGUUGUGGGCCUCGAACAGUAUGCAGACAAGUGCAUUGGCCUGCUCCUGGAACGACUGCGCCAAGUCACAGAUGACGGCCGGAAGCCGAUCAACCCGGUCGACUGGAUGCAGUACUUUGCCUUCGACGUCCUUGGCGAGAUCAACUUUUCUAAGGACUUGGGAUUCAUGGAGCAAGGAACUGACGUGGACAAUAUCAUCGGUGCCAUCGGUGGCAUUUUGGGAUACGUGUCUCUGAUCGGACAAGUCCCGCUCGUCCACAAAUUCCUCCUCGGAAACCCUCUGCUCCCCAAGCUUCUGCCGUCCAUCGAAAAGACAAAUCAAGUAUUGCAGUUUUCUGUCAAGCAAGUUGAAGAUCGCAUCCGGAACCCCAUCCCGCGGAAGGAUAUCCUGAGCACCCUUUUGGCAACACACCAACAAGAUCCACAGAGCCUCUCUCUCGACGAGAUUGUCGCCAUCACCACCACAAAUGUCAUCGCCGGUUCUGAUACCACAGCUGCUUCGCUUGCAUCUGUUCUAUAUCAUUUAAGCAAGUACCCGGCAGCACGCAGCAGAUUAGAGCAAGAGAUCGACGACGCUGUGCGGGGAGGCCAGGCCUCCAAUCCCAUUUCAUAUGCUGAAGCAGUGAAACUCCCAUAUCUAUCGGCUGUGAUCAACGAGGCUAUGCGUAUCCACCCUGCUACUGGUUUCAUCCUUGAGCGACGCGUCCCCGAGAACGGUAUUACACUUCAUGGUGUAUACCUGCCCGAGAACACAAUAGUUGGUGUAAACGCGUGGGCUUUGCACUACAAUAAAGACGUGUUUGGCCAUGACGUACAUGCAUUCCGCCCUGAGCGCUGGAUCGAGGGGGACGAAGAGGCCAUCAAAGAAAUGAAGAGAAAUAUGUUUGCGUUCGGAGCCGGACCACGCAGUUGCAUUGGCAAGAACAUUUCCAUUCUCGAGAUGUGGAAAGUGGUUUUUGAGCUCUAUCGGACUUUUGACAUUGCCCUAGCCAAAGACAAAGAAUGGACCGUCAGCGGGCGAUGGUUCACGACCCCAAGUGGCAUCGAGGUGACAAUGAAGCCCAAGAGCCGGAAGCCGGGCGAUGCGUUGACAGCCUAG